GUCCCACCCAGUGCCACUAAAACAGCUCUGACCCAUCGAGGCAUGGACUUCACAAGAUCUCUGAAGGUGUGCUGUGGUACCUGGCAUCAAGACUUUAGCAGCAGAUCCUUUAAGUCCUGUAAGUUGCGAGGUGGGGCCUCCAUGGAUCAGACUUGUUUGUCUAGCACAUCCCACAGAUUGUCGAUCUGAUUGUUAUCUGGGGAAUUUGGAGGCCAAGUCAACGGCCUGAACUCUUUGUCACAUUCCUCAAACUAUUCCUGAACAAUUUUUUUUUAGUGCAGCAGGGCACAUUAUCAUGCUGAUAGAGGCCACUACUAUUAGGGAAUACCGUUGCCAUGAAGGGGUGUAUUUUCGGUGGUGGACAGGGGUCAGCAUGGGCACUGCUGUAGGAUCGGUCCAGACGGGCUAGCCUUCACUCCCCACAUGCAUCAGUGAGCCUUGGCUGCCCAUGGCGCUGUCGUCAGUUCACUGGUUGUCCUUCCUUGGACCACUUUUUGUAGGUACUAAACACUGCAUACCAGAACACCCCACAAGACCUGCUGUUUUGGAGAUGCUCUGACCCAGUCGUCUAGUCAUUGCAAUAUAGCACUUGUCAAAGUCGCUCAGAUCCUUACGCUUGCCCAUUUUUCCUGCUUCCAACACAUCAACUUUGAAAACUAACUGUUCACUUGCUGCCCUUGACAGAUACCACUGUAAAGAGAUAAUCAAUAUCAUUCAUGUCAUCUUUCAGUGGUUUUGAUUGGUGUAUAUGCUAUUAUUUUGGAAUUCAGUCCAGUGCACACUUACCCCAACAUGCAGUCAUGCACCACUCACCUGCCCAUAAAAAGCAUUAAUGCUAGUCCUUUAAGAGCAGACUGGAAUGCCACUAAGUGUUGAGUGACCGCGCGAGGUCGUAGGCAACAGCUAUAUUUACCAUCAGGGUAACACGAUCUCUGGCAUUCUGGAUCACUGUGCUCAUGCAAUCCUCCUGGUCUUCUCACUCUUGGGUAACAGCCUCCAAAACGACACACCGUCUAACUGCAAAAUGCGCCACUGGUGAGCCUCAAAGCCAUUCUAUAAAGAUUGAGCAUUGAAAGUUGGAUGGGACAUAUGACAAGCUGCACCCUCUGUUUUUCCACUGACUGGAACUGAGAACAGCUCAACGUACAGCAGUCGAUGCGGCCUGUCACUGUCUCUCCUUUGUCCGAGCUCUCAGAAUGUCUCGCGUCUCCUCCACGGCCAAGCGCUAUGCUGGCUCCUCUUAUACCAGCCACUAUAGCUCAUACAGCUCCUCCCUGACGCCCUCGCUCGGGACUUACGAUCGGGACAAGCUCUCAUACAAAGCCCCCUCAACAGCGUACUCCAGCUCUAGCUACUUAAGCUCAAGCGGCAGUCGCACACGGAAUUAUAGCUCCUCAGAGCCUGAGCGUGGCCGUCCUAUCCCUCGCACUGACCUGUUGAGCGGCCGGCGCAGCGAGAGCCUGAGUCGCACGCCCUUAAAGGGCUACAGUUCAGGACUGAAUGGUGGCUCAGCCUACUCGGCCUACGACUACUCGCCGGCACAGACCAGCUACCUCUCCACCUCUCCCAUGUCAUCCAGUGUCUCCCUAAACCGAAGAAAGUCAGUUAGUCAGAGCGACCUGACACGGGAGUUGUCCUCGCUCGCCCUCAGUGACACGUCCAGCAGCAGCAGCAGUCUGAAGCAGGCAUACAGGAGCCGGACAAAUGAUGCCACCGAGUCCUACAGCAGCAGCAGCUUGCGCUCAGGUUUCGGGAUGUCACGCAGCUCCACACAGGACGCCCUGAGCAGCAGCAGCAGCCGUUUCUCCACCUCCAUCGGACGCUCCAGUUCGCCGCUCAGGGAGGAGACAUUGAAACCGAGUUCCAAGGCUGCCCAAGGCCUGGUGGGAUUAAAGAAUCUGGGCAAUACAUGCUUUAUGAACUCCAUCCUUCAGUGUCUUAGCAACACUCACAGUUUGCGAGACUACUGUCUGCACAACUCCCACCGCCGCGACCUCAACCGCACAAACACUGCACUGAUGGAGGAAUUUGCCAAGCUCAUUCAGACGAUGUGGACGUCGUCAAGCAGCGACGCUGUCAGCCCUUCCGAGUUCAAGACACAGAUCCAGAGAUACGCGCCCAGAUUUGUCGGCUACAACCAACAAGACGCUCAGGAGUUUUUGCGCUUCCUGCUCGAUGGCCUGCACAAUGAGGUGAACAGGGUUACAGUACGGCCGCGUGCCACCACAGAGGACUUCGACCAUUUAUCUGAUGAUGAGAAAGGGAAAAAGAUGUGGAGCAAAUACCUGGAGAGAGAGGACAGUAAAAUUGUAGACUUGUUCGUAGGGCAGCUGAAGAGCUCUUUGACCUGCACCGAGUGUGGCUACUGUUCCACUGUGUUUGAUCCCUUUUGGGAUCUUUCCUUACCAAUCUCCAAGAAGGGCUACGGAGAGGUCAGUCUGAUGGACUGCAUGCGACUCUUCACUAAAGAAGAUGUGCUUGACGGAGAUGAGAAACCAACAUGUUACAGAUGUAAAGCCAGAAGAAAAUGUACAAAGAAGUUCACAAUUCAGAAGUUCCCUAAAAUCUUAGUGCUACAUUUGAAGCGUUUCUCAGAAGCUCGAGUCAGAUCCAGCAAACUGUCCACUUUUGUCAACUUCCCCAUGAAGGACCUGGACCUCAGGGAGUUUGCCUCUGACAGAAGCAGUAGUGCCGUGUAUAACUUGUAUGCAGUGUCCAAUCACUCCGGCACCACCAUGGGCGGGCAUUACACGGCAUACUGCUGCAACCCUGACUCAGGAGAAUGGUACACAUUUAAUGACUCCAGAGUAACGCCAAUGUCCUCCAGUCAGGUGCGCAGCAGUGACGCAUACGUUCUGUUCUACGAGCGGUCUGGCUUGUGAGGGCUCACAGGAGACGGAAGGAGUGAGGUCACGCCCCCCGGGGGUCAUCACCAUCACGCAGCACUCCUCAGAGAAAGAAGACAGCGGCGCCCUCUGCUGGACACCUGUCGGAAAUAAUCGUAACGUCCUUACUGGCGCUCUGCCGCUGCGUCCAGUUCAUUUUCAUUGGGGAGGUCCGGAGUGUCCUGAUGCCUCCAUGUAUGUGUGUGUGACUGUGCGUUUAUGGCUGCGUGUGUGUGUGUCUGUGUGUGUGUGUCUGAGGGCAGCUCCUUGGGAGACACUGUAGGGUAAUAAUACCCUCGUGACACCGUUUCACAAGUCUCUCGCUAUGCACUGCAAUAGAACUCUGGUCCCGACUGCGCCUUGUUCAAGAUCACGUGCCUCAGCGCACAGACUGGUUUAACGUAGAAGUGUUUUACAGUGUCGACUGUAUCGUUUUUAUUGGUAUUCUCAACACUUGGAGGGAAAUGAACUGGUAUGAGGCUCCCUCUGCUGAGGGAGACGAGAUUUACAACCUCAAAGCUGCAGCUCAUACACUAAUUUGAGCCCAUCGGUUUGUUGCACAUCUCUGCUUUUUAUUCAGCGACUUGGUUUUGGAUUUGUUUCACUUGUCAUUUUCUCCCAGUCGCUAUCCACUCCAUUCUCUCCUUCCUUUUAGUCUCCUGAGGGCUGAAAAAGCCAAAAAAAUAAGAA